AUGUCUCGAGUCGUAACUGACGGAGACUUGAGUCCGCAGCGCCACUUUCCCCGAAACCGCGGUCCUGCUUACGUGUCCGCUCCUCGGGGAAUCCAAUACCCGGAAGACCUAAUCUCCCCGACCAACGCUGGAGUUGCACCCGGCCGAGCGGGCGACCAUGUGCGACGGCCAGCCGGUCGCACGCCGAUUCGCACGGUGCAGGAGGGCCAUCAGCUUACGGAAGGCGACGACUUUGCAGACAACCGAGGCGGCGGUCAAAGGAGAAUAACGAUCCCCGCUGGGGGUGGCGGCGGGGGAGGCGGCGGAUAUCACGGAAACACGUCACCGCUGCGCAAUGCCAUUCAUGGGCGAUCGGAGAGCCAUUCGGGGGAGUCGGGGGAGCGAGGAGGCCGCGCGGAGCACGCGGGGGACCUUCAGCCGCGGCGGGCGGCGAGCUCCAACGAGGCGGGGUACGGCCGGCCGGCCGCGCUUCGCCUGGACGCCGACAUGAUCAAGGCCGGCAGGAAGGAUUCGCUGAGUCCCCGCCGCAUGGUAAAGGUCGCCACGCCCUCCGCGCAGCCCAGCGGCGCCGCUGUCCGCGCAGGGGGGGCAGGCGGGGGGCCCGGGGGCGGGGGCAUCGGGGGAAGCUUCCAGGCGUCGCGGGGGGAGGCGGAGCACAUGCGGCGGGUGGCGGAGCUGAUGGAGGCGGUGCGGGAGAACGACGUUGACCUGGUCAACGUGGUCCUGCAGGAGGCGCCGUCCCGCACCGCCCUGCUCAACACUGUUUAUCCAGCCUCGCAGCGCACGGCCCUGCACGAGGCGGUGGUGGCGUCCAGCACGGAGGCGGCGGGCGCGCUGCUAGAGUGGGGCGCUGACCCUGACGGCGGGCAGUCCGCGCAGAUGCCGCCCAUCAUGUACGCGGUGCAGACGGGCAACGACAAGAUGGUCACGCUACUGCUGUCGCACGGGGCGGACAUCAACGCACAGGACGCCAAGCAGUACACGGCGCUGCACUACGCCUGCGCUGCCGGCCACAGGGGCAUAAUCAAGCUGCUGCUGGUAGCAGGCGCCAACAUGUAUGCGCGCAACCGGGACGGGCUGUACCCGCAGCAGCUGGCCUCGACGGACCGCAUCCGCACGCUCUUCCGCAAGCUGCACGAGUACCACCAGCGCCACGGGCUCGUGGGCGAUGGGGAGGGCGCGGGGGCGGGCGGAGGGGGCGCGGGCGGAGGGGGAGGGGGAAGGGGGUUGAGAGGGUCGCCGCCGAUCUCCCCUGGGACGUCGGGGAGGAUGAGCCCGCGGGAUGUGGGCGGGAUGGUGGAUGCCGGGAUGAGCAUGCGGGAUGUGGGCGGGAUGGUGGAUGAUGGGUGGGAUGACGAAGGUGAGCGCGUGUGGGUGGUGGGGUGCUUGGGAUGGGGGUGUGUGGUUGAUGGGUGGGGUGGUGGUAGGAAUGUGUGGUAUGUGAUCUUAUCCACUCUUUCAACCCGCUCAUUGCUUCUCCCUGCCCCACUGUUCCCCCUUACCCCACUGCCUCUACGUCCUCCCCUGUCCCUUCCCCUUCCCCCUCCUACCCCCGCUUCUUCCCCUGCCCUUUUCAACCCCCCCACUGCCCCACUACCCCCCUGCACCCACUGCCCCCCGGUCGCCCCUUUCCCCCACCCCUCCCUCCCCUUGUCCCUCUAUCUCCCUGUCUCCCCUCUGCCCCUCCCCCCAGUCCCCAACGGGUCAUCAGUUCAGCAGCUUAUCUCCCCUCGCGCCCUCGCCGCCCGCACGCGCCUGGGCGGCGGCGGCGGCAGCGCGCAGCAGCCGCCCGGGCGGCAGGGGCCGGCAGCGGGGCGGGGUGGCACAGGCAGCCGCUCUGCUGUGGAGCGAGGGAGCACCCGGGAGGACGAUUGGCUGUCCCAGCCUCAUGCACGUGCGAGGGGAGGGGGAGGCGGAGGCGGAGGGGGAGGAGGGGGCGGAGGGGGUGGGGACGGUGGGGACCACGCUGACGUGGAGAGCCCGCGUGAUUUGCUGGAUAGCAAUGAGCAGAUCUUCCUCCAGGCGUGGGAGAACGACCGUGAUGACGACUCGCCGGCCUUCGCCUGGCCGGGCCCGGGGGGGGCAGCAGGGGGAGGCGGAGGAGCAGGAGGGGGUGGUGGCGGCGCGGGGAAGGACGAGCAUAUGGGGCCGGGAGGGGCAGGGGGAGGGGCAGGAGGGGGAGGGGGAGCAGCGGGGGGAGUGGCGGCGGCGGGGCCGGCGGCGUCGUUGGCGCGCAGGCACAUCCGGGACUCGCGGACGCUGUCGGUGGAGUCGGGCGGGCAGCAGUACGCGCGGCGCAUCGUGCAGGCCAACGACAGCAGCCUCUCCGAUGCCGAGGCUGGCAGCUUUGGCACCCGCCGGCACACCGCAGGUGCGCUGCUGCUUCCCUCUGUUUUCCUGCAGCCCCUCUGCUUCCCCUGCCCCCCCCGCUCUGCACACUCUGCUCCCCUUCUUCCCUACUGCCGCUGCUUCCCUGGCUGUCGGUGGAGUCGGGUGGGCAGCAGUACGCGCGGCGCAUCGUGCAGGCCAACAACAGCAGCCUCUCCGAUGCUGAAGCCGGCAGCUUUGGCACCCGCCGGCACACCGCAGGUGCAAUGUCUUUCUGCUUCCCUGCUUUCCCUGCUUCCUCUCUGCUUUCCCUGCUUCCUCUCUGCUUUCCCUGCUGCCUCUCUGCUUCCCCUGCUGCCUCUCUGCUUCCGUUGCUGCCUCUCUGCUUUCCCUGCUGCCUCUCUGCUUCCGUUGCUGCCUCUCUGCUUUCCCUGCUGCCUCUCUGCUUCUGCUGCUGCCUCUCUUGUUCCCCUGCUGCCUCUCUUGUUCCCCUGCGGCCUCUCUUGUUCCGCUGUUGCUCCUCUGCGCUCUGAUCUCUCUGCUCUUUCUGCUUCUCUGUGCUCUCUGCUUUCCGUUCCUCUUGCUUAUACUCCUUACUUCUCGGAUUUCUCUUCUCCCCUGCUCUCUCUGCUGCACAACCCCCCUCUGUCAAAACCCCCUGGCGUUCAACCCCUUCUCCCCUCUCCCUCCACCCCCGAUCCAGCAGGCGCGGCCAUCACAACAGACCGGUCGCGUCUGGCCGCCCAGCCCCGCCCGCGCAACUUCGCUGACUUCCGAGCAGAGCGCCUCGUGGGGCAGGCAGCAGCAGGCGGGGGGGGAGGGGGAGGGGGAGGGGCAGGCGGAGCAGGGGGAACUGGGGGCGGGGGGGGACCUGGGACGCCUGGGAGAGGGGGCAUGCGGGGAAGGUCCCCCUAUGAUAGCGUGGAUUCGGCUAGCAUGGGGAGGUUGGAUUUGGGGGGCGGGGGUGGGGGUAGGCGGGGGUCUUUGGACGGGAAAUCGUCUGGGGGAGGGGCGAGGGGCGUGGUGGAUGUGUUUGGGAACCCGUAUGGGGGGAGAGGGGGGCGCGCAGGGGAUGUGGCGGGUGGUGGCGGGAGGGCGAGUUCGGACGAUGAGCGGGAGGACGGGGGGUUUGUGCGGGGCGGGGCGGGGAUGGGCGGGGAGAGGCGGCAGCAUGGGGGGGGGGCGGGGGGGCGCGGGGGGAGGGAGAACAUGUAUGCAUCGUGGAAUGGUGCUGCGAUGCUGGAGGGAGGAGGAGGUGGGGUGGGGGGGGCGGAGGGGCAUAGUGGGAGGCUGCCUCGUGUUGCUGCUUCUGCGUCUGCUGCGGCAGCAGAGGAUCGGGAAGGGGAGGGCGGGAGGCACGGGGACAGCGACAGUGACACUGGCAGGCGGCUUCCCAACAGAGCAGCAGCAGCAGCCGCAGGUGGGGGAGCAGCAUCAGGCGCUGCUGCUGCCACUGGUGGGGGUGCAGGAGCAGGGGCAGGCGGAGGGGGGUCAGUGGCCGCGUCUAGGUCCCCCUCUGGGAGUGACUCUGCCAGGCGACCCGCCUCACUGAGGGUGGGGGAGCCGGCAGGAUUUGAGGACGAGGGGGGUGUUGCACAGAAGAAACCGCUCACUCCCAGUGGGGGAGGAGGAGCAGGGGGAGGGGGAGCGGGGGGUAGUGGGGCAGGGCGGCCUAGGAGCCCGCUCAGAGGGGGGAGUGGGCAUGAGGAGGGGCGCGGAGGGGGUGGGGGAGGGGGGAGCGGGCGGAUGACGCCCAAGGGGGCGCGGGAGAGGAAAUCAGUGAAAUUUGCGCUGCCGACGGACGGGGAGGGGGAGAAGAAGGAGAAGGAGGGGGAGAGUGGAGGGGAGGAGAGGAAGGGCGGCGGUGGGAAGGAGGAGGAGAAGAAGGGAGGGGGGCAGGUGCCUGUGUCGCCUAGUAACAGACGGGCAGCAGCAGGCGCUGCAGCAGGUAGUGCUGUUGCUAGUGCCAGUGCCAGUGCUAAUGCUAAUGCUGGUGCGAGUGCUAGUGGCUGUGGCGGUGGCGGUGGCGGUGGCGGUGGCAGUGGCAGCGCGGGAGCAAGCACCCCCUCACCUGAGCAGAUAUCUGAAGAGGACCUGAAGCUCAUCCGACCUGACUGGAGGGAUGCUGCAGCCAGGGGCGGGUGUGUGGCGUGUGGGGAGCUGCAGUGUGACUGCCCCACCAACCCCAAUAACCGGGAUGAUGCUGCUGGUGCUGGUGCUGGUGGGAAGAAGGCAGGGGAUGGGGAGAAGAAGGACGGGGAAGUUAAGAAGGAAGGGGAGAAGAAAGAAGGGGGGAAAAAGGACGGGGAGAAGAAGGAAGGGGGGAAGAAGGAUGGGGGUGAAGAGAAGGCAUCACCGGCAGCAGCAGCAGCAGCAGCAGCAGCAGUGGGGGGGGGGGGGAAGGAGCUGAUGGAUGGGGAGCCGAUGGCGCCCCUGGGCACCAUGAAGUGGAAGCGGGGCGAGCUGCUGGGGGAAGGCGCGUAUGGCAAGGUGUUCCUGGGUCUGAACGAGAUGACGGGAGAAUUGAUGGCGGUGAAGCAGAUCAAGAUGACGUCGGCGGGCGAUGAAAAGGCGAUGCACAUAGCGGCGUUGGAGCAGGAGAUUGUGCUGUACCGCCAGAUGCGGCACCGGCACAUCGUGGCAUACAUUGAUAUGGAGAAGGAUGAAAGCGACGGGUCGCUCUACAUCUUCCUCGAAUUCAUCUCCGGAGGCUCGAUUCACAGCAUGUUGGACAAGUUUGGCAAGUUCAGCGAGUCCCUAGUGCGAGUGUACACUCGGCAGCUGCUGCUGGGGUUGGAGUAUCUGCACGGGUGCAAGAUCAUUCAUCGCGACAUCAAGGGCGGCAACGUGCUCGUCGACCGGGAUGGGGUUAUUAAACUUGCUGAUUUUGGUGCUUCCAAGGCGUUUCACGAGGGCACGGUGGGCGAGGGGUGCAAGUCGAUCCGCGGGUCGGUGUUCUGGAUGGCGCCCGAGGUCAUCAAGGGCGAGGGGUACGGCCGCCGCGCUGACAUCUGGAGUCUCGGCUGCACCGUCAUUGAAAUGCUUACCGGCAGCCACCCAUGGCCCAACAUGGACAACACGUGGUCGGCCAUAUUCCACAUCGCCAAGACCACCACGGGCCCGCCCAUCCCAGAGGAGUGCAGCGAUGAGGGCAGGGACUUCCUCGCCGCCUGCUUCAAGCUCGACCCGGGGGAGCGCCCCUCUGCCACUGAGUGUGCAGCGACGAGGGCAGGGACUUCCUUCCUCGCCGCCUGCUUCAAGCUCGACCCGGGGGAGCGCCCCUCUGCCACUGAGUGUGCAGCGACGAGGGCAGGGACUUCCUUCCUCGCCGCCUGCUUCAAGCUCGACCCGGGGGAGCGCCCCUCUGCCACUGAGUGUGCAGCGACGAGGGCAGGGACUUCCUUCCUCGCCGCCUGCUUCAAGCUCGACCCGGGGGAGCGCCCCUCUGCCACUGAGUGUGCAGCGACGAGGGCAGGGACUUCCUUCCUCGCCGCCUGCUUCAAGCUCGACCCGGGGGAGCGCCCCUCUGCCACUGAGUGUGCAGCGACGAGGGCAGGGACUUCCUUCCUCGCCGCCUGCUUCAAGCUCGACCCGGGGGAGCGCCCCUCUGCCACUGAGUGUGCAGCGACGAGGGCAGGGACUUCCUUCCUCGCCGCCUGCUUCAAGCUCGACCCGGGGGAGCGCCCCUCUGCCACUGAGUGUGCAGCGACGAGGGCAGGGACUUCCUUCCUCGCCGCCUGCUUCAAGCUCGACCCGGGGGAACGCCCCUCUGCCACUGAGUGCAGCGACGAGGGCAGGGACUUCCUCGCCGCCUGCUUCAAGCUUGACCCGGGGGAACGCCCCUCUGCCACUGAGGUCCUAUCACGCACCUUCCAGCUGCUGACAUCCGCCUUCCACCACGUGUUUUUCAUCCCUGGUAACCACGAGCUCUGGUGCCGCCACCAUGACCAUCAUACCGACCACCAUGACCAUCAUACCCACCACCAUGACCACCAUACCCACCAUACUCAGCACAGCCAGCACAGCAACCACGAACGCCAUGAAGAUCGCAAUACAGGGAGCAAAGGGGACGAACUGCCAGAUUCCUCCUCUCCGCCCUCCCCCGAGCCGUUCACCUCCCUGCACAAGCUGACAAAGGUGCUACAGUGCUGCGAGCAGUGGGGCGUACGCACGGAGCCGUUGCAGGUCGGCAACGUUUGGAUUGUUCCGCUCUGGUCGUGGCACCACCAGAGCUUCGACACCGAGCCUGACAUUCCGAACCUCCGACUGCCAUCACUGCGCUUGCAUGGACUACCGAGUGUGUGUCUGGCCGCCCCACCUCACUCCCUCUCACUCCCCUCCUCCCUCGCCCCCCCCUCCUCCUCCUCACUGCACGUCACCGCACCAGUCUCCUCCUCACCCUUGCACUCUCUGGGAGACGGAGGUGACGCUUUGGCUGCGCAUUUUGAUGGUCUGAAUGAGAGGCCGCUGCUGCAGCUGGGAACACAGCACCCUCACCUGUUUCCUGCUCUGGUGCUGGCAUCACAGCAGCAGCAGAAGGCAGCACAGCAGCAGCAGAAGGCAGCACAGCAGCAGCAGAAGGCAGCACAGCAGCAGCAGAAGGCAGAGCAGCUGCCGGUGGUAUCAAAGCUGCAGGUGGCAGCGCAUCACACCCGUGCGUUGGCUUCUGCUGCUGUUACUGCUGCCCCUGCCACCAGCACUCCCACUGCCGUUGCUGUCAGCUUUGGAAGCACUGCUACAACUGUCAGCAGCAGCAGUGGCUCCCAAGGCAGUGCUGCUGUGCCUCUGGGUGGCAGUGGUGUGGCGGGCAGUGGAGCAGAGGGGACUGUGGAGGGCAGUGGAGCAGAGGGCGUGCAGAUCAUCUCCUUCUCUCACUUCCUUCCCAGGAUCGAUCUGCUUCCCGAGAAGCGCAUGCUGCUGUAUCCGAAUCUCGCCAAGAUGGCGGGCUCCCAUUGGCUGGAGGCGCGUGUGCGGUCCGUGCACGGGCCACGUGGCGGCCCCACAGCGUGCCACGUGUUCGGGCACACACACUUCCACUGGGAUUCGUGGGUCGAUGGCAUCAGGUUGGUGGAUGGCAUCAGGUGGGUGGGAUGGCAUCAGGUGGGUGGGGUAGCAGCAUGCGUGCAAGCAAGCAAGUAA